UUCCUCUUUCCCGUUUAUUAUCGGCAGAGGUCGCAUGGCAGAGGGAAGUCCAACCACUUCUGUACUGGAACCAAUGCAAGAAUAUGCACCUCCAUAACAAAGCCUGUGUGGAGUCCUAAGAGCAGUGGGGGAAAACAAGAGGCUGCAAAUUUACGGGCUGCUGUUCAGCCGUUAAAAAAAAAACAGGUUUUAAAAAGAGAGGAUCUAAGUUGGAGGUCUGCUUUUUAUUUGUUCUGGAACAACGGGAUAGUUUUGCCAACACGUGUGUAUCCAUGAAAUUCGUACUCUGCGUUUUGAGUGAGUGAGUGUUUCGCAUCCUGGUGCGGGGCUCUGAGGAGGACUGCGCAUCACCAGAGUUGGUGCCGAAGUUCGGCCGCGAACGGAUGUGAGGGAAGAGUGUACCGAGUAAAACUCCCCCACUUCUUUUUGUGUGUGUGUGUGUGUGUGUGUGUGUGUGCGUGCGUGUGUGUGUGUGUGUGUCUCCUGCUUCGGCGUUGUGUUUGCUGAGACAAUAGUGAGUCAAAGACGCUGAAAGUGAUUUCAUGCCUUCAGUCUCGCACAACCUGAGAUGGACGUGAGAUUUUAUCCUGCGCCCCCGGCAAAUGUGGGUUCAUGCUCCCUACCGACUGAUCCAAGUUGUCUGAGCUCGUUGGACUAUUACCACUCGAACAAGGCCCGGUACAGUGUGGGUGAACGAGGGGUUAGGCUCCACACUGCCCCCCCUCCAGGCAUCAAUCCAGCUAGGAAAAGACUGCCCACUGCUGUGUUUGAUGGUGACAACAUGUAUAUGAAUGACAAUAACCAAGAGUUUCGGUCUCCAAACCAGAGCUACUCCAGUCAGGGCAGAGGCAGCAGUGGCGGAGGAGGAGCAGGGGAUGAAGACUAUGAGAUCCCCCCCAUCACACCCCCUAACCACGCUGACCCCUCUCUGCUGCACCUCAUGGAGCAUGAGUCAGGUUACCCCUUCCACUCCCUGCCUCACAAUGGCCUGCUCAACACCUACUCCUACCCCGAGCUGCCCGCCCUCAUGAUGUCCAACAUGCUGGGUCAGGACACCCACCUCCUCUCGGGGCCUAUGCACUCUAUAAGCAGUGAGAAGCGGGCCUCAGCAGAAAUGAUGAAGCCCAAACCCAAACCUCAAAAAAAGAAGAAGAAGAAGGACCCCAACGAGCCACAGAAACCUGUGUCAGCGUACGCGCUCUUCUUCAGAGACACCCAGGCUGCCAUCAAGGGCCAAAACCCCAACGCCACCUUCGGGGACGUCUCCAAGAUCGUGGCCUCCAUGUGGGACAGCCUAGGAGAGGAACAAAAGCAGGGGUACAAGAGGAAAACCGAGGCGGCUAAGAAAGAGUACCUGAAAGCCUUGGCCGCGUACCGAGCCAGUCUGGUUUCCAAGACUUACAAUGACCCUGAACCAAAAAGUGCCCAGCAGACCAGCCAGCCCUCCCACCUGCUGCCCCCGAAGCAGCCCCUGUACAGCGUGCCCCCCCAGCCCUCCUCACCCUACCUGGGCCCGCCGGGCUCCUUCCCACUGUCGGACCUCCAGAGCUAUGCCGGGCCACCCCGCCACACCCUGGCCCCGACCCUCAGCCAAUCCCAGAUGCUGCCGCCCAGCAUGAGUGCCUCUCCCCCAGCUCCCUUCCAGAUCAGCCCACCUCUGCACCCCCACGCCCAGCUCUCCCUGCAUCAGAGCUCCCUGCUCAACCAGCCAAUCCGCAUGCAGCAGUCACAGCCAAUCAUCUCACACCAAAUGGGGCUCCAGGCGCCUCUGCAUUCCCCUCCUCUCAGCCAACAGGGAUUUUCCCAUAUCCAGGCUGAUUACCAGAACAGUGUCGGGGGCUCACAGUCUCCAGGGGCCCCGAACCCAGUGCACGGCCAGAACCCUGACUGGGACGGCGAGUACUGCAACAGGGACUGCGGACCCAACCACUGCGGCAGCGGUAUGGGACCUCGGGACAAGCCUCUCUACCUCACUUGAAGUUGAAAGACCUCCAAAUGUCAGACUCCAGGGAGCUUUCCAACAUAACGUCAUCAAUGUAUCAGCUUCUACACCAUUUUGUUUUUCUUUUGGUUUUUUUUGUUUUUUUGUGACGGAUUUCGAAAAUCCCAAAGACUGCUACAGUAACUUCACCUAUUUGCCAAGCACUUAGAUCGGCCAGAAGCCUGAGGCACUUCUCUUGCUUUUUCUUUUUUUUCCCUUAUCAGUGAACUUUCCUUUUUUUUUGCGGGGGCAGUGAGUUUUAAGCUCAUGCCAACAUACUGGAAAGGAAGACCAAAAAAAGAAAAAGUCUUCUCAUUUUGUUUUGAAUUUUUUAAAGAUGCUUUCUCUCCUCCUCACUCCAUUACUCUGUGUUUGCCAUGGACUGCCCUCAUUGGGGAGAUGAAAUGCUCUAAGCAUACUCAAAGUGUAGGGGUCUUGGGUAGAAAACCUAAUGCAGGAAACUAGAAUAUAGUCACCUCAGCAGGGGUGGAUGUACUACAGGACAGACUGAAACACCCCGACUGAGAGAAAGCAAAGUAAAAUUUUAAAGAAGAUAGUCACAAACACAUAAGACAUUUGUAAAUCAUCCUUGCCCAUAGUAAAGGACUCCCUCAUUUCCUUUCUUUCUCACAGAGUGAUUGUAAAUAUCACCAAAAUGGAUCCCUCUUAUGUGUGUAUUUAGCUGCAGUCCCUUGCUUUCUUUUUUUUUUAACAUUCUUUUUGUUUGGUUACGUGAUUUUCGUGCAGGCGGAUUCAGUGAGGGAAUACACACACUAAAAGUUGUGUUGAAACUGUGUUCACUCGUCUUGUUUCUCUCCAAAACGAGAAAGAAGGGACUGAAAAAAGCUCCAUUUCCUCUUUAAACUGGCGGAGCUCCGAUAGAGAGUGUCGCUCUCUUCACACGGCCUCAGGACGUUACAGAACUGAAGAGGUCAAAGGUUGAUACCUCUCCUUUUAGCUCCUCCUCCUCUUGGUCAGUAAGGACCCCCCCUCCCACCUGUAAUCCCGCCCACCUCCCCUUAGUCCCGACACCACUUGUACAGGUGAAUAAAAAAAAGUUGCUAAAUGUGAAAUGUUACUAAAGAAAAAAAAACAUAACAGUGGGUUUUAAAGUUUUUGACUAGUUUUAUUAGGUGUUUUAGGAUUGUGUUGAACUCAUCUUUAUCAUUUUUUGUGAAGAAAAAAAAAUUCUGAAGAUAUUUUGUUUUUUUCACUGUAGCAGGACUUGCGUUUCGGACGGACAGACAUGGGGGUAGAGAUUUUAAUUUUGUGUAUAAACCUGCCAAAUGUACUUCUUUAAUUUGUAAAGCCAGUGAUGAGAGAACCCAUUUUGUUCUGUUGAAUAUCAUAUGUUUUACAAUAUGGUCAUUCUAUUUAAUUUGGUUGCAGGUUUCACAUCUAUUUAUGAAUGAUAUGAAGUAACAUUUUGGCUUAUUUUCAUCAGGGUGCAUUAUUAUUAUUAUUAUUAUUAUUAUUAUUAUUAUUAUUAUUAUUAUUAUUGAUCAAACACCAUGAUUAUUAGAAUAAUAAAUAUUUUUUCAGAAAUUGUUGUUGGUGCAAAACCAGUGUACCAGCAUUAGAUUCAUUUUGUGUCACAAAUACUUCUUUUGUUUUCUUUUGUCUGUAAUAAAAUGUUUAAAGUGGAGAAA